CACAGGUGAGUGUUUCCAACAGAGGAAAUGCACAGUGAACACGACGACAUGAGGUCGGCCGUCAGAGUAUUUUUCUGCCUUUUUUGUGGAGCUUUAGCAGCAGCAGCGGCUCAGGGGGUGAACUGGAACAUACAGUCCGCAGAUGGCAUGUUUGAAGACCAGAGACCAGAUCAGCCUCAAAUCCGAGGACCAGCAGCUGUCCAGCAGGAGAAGCAGUCUUUCCAUCAACCGUUGUCUUGGAGGUUUCCAGAGCCGCCGGCUGAGGAGGAGCCUCGGUUUCCUCCAGAUUUUGAGCUGAAGGCUCCGACAGCGGCCGACAGCGUCAGCGCCUUCUGCGGGGACAACUCUGUCCGGGUGGAGGCCAAGAAAGACCUGCUGGGGAUCGGUAAACCUGUCCUGCCUGCAGACCUCACGCUGGGAGGGUGCCCUGCCACAGGGGAGGAUCCUGAAGCUCAGGUCCUGGUCUUUGAGUCGGACCUGCAAGGAUGUGGCAGCCAGCUGCUGAUGUCCGAGGACUCAUUCGCCUACAUCUUCACGCUGAUCUACACCCCCAGUCCUCUGGGAGACAGUCCCAUCGUCCGAACCACAGACGUCUCUGUCAGCAUCCAGUGUCACUACCAAAGGAAGCAUGACGUGAGCACUGGGCUGUUGAAGCCAACCUGGACUCCGUUCAGUGUCACCAAAGCUUCAGAGGAAAGUCUCUACUUCUCCCUCACACUCAUGACUGACGAUUGGCAGUUCCUUCGUCCGUCCACCCAGUUCCUCCUGGGAGACAUGAUGAAGUUUGAAGUUUCGGUUAAACAGUUUCAUCACGUCCCUCUCAGAGUGACGGUGGACAGAUGUGUGGCCACCGUGGUCCCAAACAUUGACACCGUCCCUCGCUACGUCUUCCUGGGAAACAACGGGUGUCUCUUUGACAGCCAUCUGACGGGCUCCAGCUCUCAGUUCCUGCCUCGGUCUCAGGACGACAGACUCCAGUUUGAGGUGGAGGCGUUCAGGUUCCAGCAGGACAACAUCGGCGUGCUCUACGUCACCUGCAGUCUGAGAGCCACCGCAGCUGCUGCAGCUGUUGAUGCCACCAACAAGGCUUGCUCAUUCUCCAACGGGUGGAUGGAGGCCAGUGGCAACCAUCAAGCCUGUUCCUGCUGUGACACGGACUGUGGGGCAGGAGGCCAGAGUCACCAGACCGGAGCAGGUGCUCAGUGGGAACAGGAAACGGCGCUUGGACCGAUCACCGUGAAGGAGAGACCGCUACGCUGAGAAAAUUAGACGAAAAACCAGAAUGAAAUGAAUGAGAUUAAAGCUCUUAUGUUCUGAGGGGA